CUCGGCCCAAGCUCUGAGCUGCUGCUGCCACUGGCAUAGCUCUUCUCGACCCUUUGGGCGCGAAUCCGCGAGCCAACAGCGAGCCCCGAACUGCUAUUGGAUCACCGAUUUUUCCAAAAUUCAGUAAUUUACUCGAUCGCCGCAGCGUCGCAGAUUCGCAAAACAACGAGUUUUUUUAUUCAUCUCGCUACUCGUGAAAUUUCCUGGCUUCCUCGUGACUCUCCGAUGACUGCAAACAAAAAAUAGCUAACGACGUAAUUAGCUAAUUGAAAGUGCCGAAAAAAGUGCGGAAGACGAUGCAGUGCUCGACGAGCCAUCGAUCGAUCGUCGCGAAUCCUUGCUCGAUGUAAUGUUUCGUCGGCUGACUCGGAGCCUGGCAUCUUCGAUCACGCUCCCAACGAGUACGUCGUAAAGCCUCUUGAGCGCGCCGCACGCAUUGAAUCGCGGAGAAGUGGCCCUUCAUAAGUUCGCUACUGGCGGCAGCGACGCGUCGACGACUGCCUCAGCUCGACAGAUACACAGUAGCUGAAGUGAAAAAAAGAAGUAUACAAGACGACAGCAACGGCGAAGAAGAAGAAGAAGCAGCAGCAGCAGCAGCGGCCGAUGAGAAUAAUGCUGUGAACCAGGUAUAGAGUCGGUGCAUGCGAGUGAGUGAGUGAGUGCGCGGGCCGACAUGAGGGGCUGCUGCGAGGCAUCAGCAGCUACCGCGGCAGCUCUUGUCUUCUUGCUUCUCUGGAUCAGCCCAUCCGAUGCUCAAAAAAGUUUGGAAUUUUAUGAUUUGCUUCCGGAGGAUCCGAAGCUCUACGACAAGAUGCGACCGCCAAAAAAGGACGGACAAGCGACGGUCGUGUAUUUUCACGUAACCGUCAUGGGUCUCGAUUCCAUCGAUGAAACUUCAAUGACGUACGUCGCCGACAUCUUCUUCGCGCAAACGUGGAAAGACAACAGACUGCGACUGCCGGAGAACAUGACGUCCGAAUAUAGGUUAUUGGAAGUCGACUGGUUGAAGAACAUGUGGAGACCGGACUCGUUUUUCAAAAACGCCAAAUCCGUGACGUUUCAGACCAUGACGGUUCCCAAUCAUUAUCUAUGGCUGUACAAGGACAAAACUAUACUCUACAUGGUCAAGUUGACGCUGAAACUUUCUUGCGCCAUGAAUUUCCUCAUCUACCCUCACGACACUCAAGAGUGCAAGCUCCAAAUGGAAAGCCUGUCGCACACAACCGACGAGAUGAUAUUCCAAUGGGAUCCAGAUGUGCCACUCGUCGUCGACGAAAACAUCGAACUACCCCAAUUGCAGCUCGUGAAGAACUACACGGCCGACUGCACGCAGGUUUACUCCACUGGUAAUUUCACCUGCCUCGAAGUCAUAUUUGUUCUGAAGCGACGUUUGGGCUACUACUUGUUUCACACUUACGUACCAACUUGCCUCAUUGUCAUCAUGUCCUGGGUGUCGUUCUGGAUAAAGCCCGAAGCCGCUCCAGCUCGAGUGACGCUCGGCGUGACUUCGCUCCUGACUCUGUCGACGCAGCACGCAAAGAGUCAGGCCUCCUUGCCGCCGGUCUCUUAUCUCAAAGCCGUGGACGCCUUCAUGUCGGUCUGCACGGUCUUCGUGUUCAUGGCCCUGAUGGAGUAUUGCCUCGUCAACAUCGUCCUGGUGAUCGGCGAGACCAGGGAGACGGUCAAUCCGAAGCCACCGCCUCCACCUCCUGCGCCGGCGGCGGGACCACCGCCUGGCCCCGCUGGUGGCCCCGACCCCAAGAUCUUCGACAUAGCCAGCAAGGAAAAUGCCAUGCUGCUGUCGGGCCGAUCGCAAAAGUCGCAAGCCGCGGCUCCUUCCCCGGCAGCGACCAAGACUCAGCGCGCCAAAGUCCGCGCGCUCAACAUCGAUCGAGUCUCGCGCUUCCUCUUCCCUGCGCUCUUCGCCAUGCUCAACGUCACCUACUGGAUCAUGUUCUGGAAAUACGUUUAAGCGGAUCGCACGCGUCAAUGCAGCUUUCAGAUUAUGCUCGAGCGAUUGCGAUGCUACUGCUGCUACUGCUGCUGCUCUUGUUGUUAUUUAUAAACGCGUCAAAAUAUUUGUUAUCGAGAAAGUGUAACAGGUGCAUUUGUGCUUUAAGCACACCAACCAAAGGCAUUAUUCAAUAGUGCUAUUUGCCAUUUAGAACAAUCGUUUUGCUAAUAGCUCUUUCGGCUUUAAAAAAUACGUAUGCCUAAAGCACCAACCCUGAGUGAAAUGUUCGUGUCAGUUAUGGAUCUCGAUUGUUGAUGACUUUUCAGUCAUCGUGAUUCGAAAGUGAGACAAUCCUUCAAACUCUUGAUUAAAUGUACAACUGAUUCAAUCACACUUCUGUAUCUCGCAGGCUAAAAACAGUCCGGAUCCAACGAGAACUUCGAUCAAUGAUUCAAAAUUCCGUUUUUUGUUGUCUUCGCUGAAAAGUGGUGUAUGCACCCAUACGAUUCUUUUUCAUCACUUUCGUUUCACAAUAAUGUAAAUAUGUCGUCGUUAAGAACAGCCCUACUUUAAUAACGCAGACUCCGUGUAAAUAUGGUCGAAUAUGUGUCAAUAGGUCCAAUUACAUGUUCGUUUUCAUUAACAAAGACGCACAGUUUCAUUUUCAAGUCCAAUUGUAUGUUGCAACUAAUUAAGCCAAAUUAAUUUAAAGAUUUUUACGACGAACAUCUGAAAAUCUAUAACAUGUAAUUCAAGUUCGUUGCAAAUAGUAUCAACGAUAAUAAUUUUCAAAAAAUACUUGCACAUUUAUAAAACUAUCAAGCUUGUUGCAGGAAAAUUGUUUUUCCGUUGAAUUUUAGGUAUACGAUUGUUAAUGAAGACAAAAUUGUCAAAAAGCAGUGUACAAUAACUACAUACUAAUUGUUCAAUUUUAUUCUGUAAUUAUAACAGCUUUUUAUGAAACUUUCCAGUGUUUGCAUAAAAUUAAUAAAAUUUUACUCAAAUCUUUCAAAAAUUUCGGUUACAACAAAAAAUAUAUCUCAAGUUACAGAUUGAAAGAUAAAAUUAAAAAAUGUUGAUAAAAUUAUUAUGAUAUAUCAAUCAAUUGAUAUAGUUCACAAAACGUGAAGUAUAUCGCGUGAAGCUCGUCCAUACAUAAAGCAGCUAUUGUACUAAAAAGUAGCAAAUAGCAAUUAAAAAAUGUUUAAAAAUCAAUUAUUACUUCGAUAAUUAUCAAAGAAAAUUAUAUGAAAUUAAAAACUUUUGAGCAUAUUUUUAGAUAUGAUUUGUAAGCUCACAUUAGAAUUGACCAAGUCGUUUCUUAACAAAAACUUGAUUGUAUUUUCAAAAUCUAUGGUUAUAUUGGAUGAAAUUAGAGCUUAAAAAUUUGGCACUUGCUAUAUUGCUGAUUUUCUUUUCUUGUAAUAACUUUUCUAAAAAGUUGUAGAAUAUUCGUUAAACAACUCUCUAAUAUACUGGUAGGAUAAUUGGAUAUUAAAUAUCCAAAAAGCAAUAUAUACUGAAUUUAAAUAAAUUAUACAUUAAAUAGAUGUCUCUUAUAAAGAACAGGACGAUUCAUUUUCAAUAUCAAAAAUUAAAUCAUAGAAUACUUCAGAUUUUUUUAUCAAAAAUCUGAUGAAACAUUUUAUUUUAUUUCAUAAAUUCUAAAACGUCUUUCGGUGAGAAGUGUCAAUUUCAAUUGCUUGUAUUUUUACCAAUAUUUAUGAUAUUUUUUGGUCGCUUAUGCAUAAGUAUGUAUGGUACAUAUUGUGUUUUUGUAUAAUUAUUUUACAGAAGUAAUCGCUAAAAAAGCUCAUUACGAUUAGUUGAUAUAUAUCGAAUAAAGUAUGUAUUUACAAAAAUUUCGUGAAGGGAAGUAAAAAGGAACGAUCGUGCUCAAAACUAGCGCACGUUGAUUUGAGAAGUAAAACACUAAUUUCGAUCGAAAAUUUGUAUACUCUUCACCAUAACUAUGAAAAAAAAUGCUCUGAAGAAUAAUUGUUAUAAAUAAUAUGCGGGUGACCUAGGCUCCUGGUCUUGCUCUACACUGUAAAAAGGAAAUUGCGAAAAAUGAUUGAAUAAAAAAUCACUGUAGUAGAAAGGAAAAAAUACUGUUAAUAAAA